AGCAUGCGAACAAGCCAAUGACGAACGCAUCACUCCCAAAGGGAUUUAUAUGACGUAUCUACCUUGAUCAAAUCUGAUUGCCUUCCUGCUUAACGAAAAGUAUUAAGAUGUAUAAAACGAGGGAAGAGUUGAAGGUAUAGUAAGAGACGCUGACAGUUGAAGAAGCAACUGAGGUAUUGAACAGUGUUCCGUGACUUCUCUAGGAGAUACAGCCACAAAGCGUUUCAAGACCUUGGACAGCACACGGUACCCAAGCAGAACAGCGGAUCAUUUUAGCAAAUGUAUAAAGCGAUGUUACAAAGGAACGGCUCCCAGCUCCUUUUCCUAAUAGCCCUGUGCAGCGUGUUAUAUUCCCGGACUCAAUGUUUGCCAUAUGCAUCUAUGAGACCGACGAGACACGCAGACGGUCUCUUUACUAGCGGAUACAGCAAACUUCUUGGACAGCUAUCGGCGCGGCGGUACCUGGAAUCCUUGAUCGGAAAGCGAGUCAGUGAUGACAUGAUGGAGGACCAGGUACCAGUGAAGCGCCACUCAGAUGCCAUAUUCACAGACAACUACAGUCGCUUCCGCAAACAGAUGGCUGUGAAGAAAUACCUGAACUCGGUUCUGACAGGAAAGAGAAGUCAAGAAGACCCUCCAAUGCAAGAAGAAUCUAGAAGUGAGCCCUCGUUUCAAGAGAGCUAUGAUGACGUCAACGUUGAUCACCUUCUCAAUAACUUCCAAUUGCCACUCUGAGGAAGACCCACUGGUGCGAUGACCUCAAUCGUCAACCUCAUCGAUUUGCCAUUCAAAACAAUAUUUCAGUUCUUCAACAACGGACUCAAAGUCAUGUGUGGUGAUCUCUACAGUAUAAAGUGAAUGUUUACAUUGUAUAUUAGAUAUACUAAAACAAAAAAUAUUGGCCUGAAGAUGUAGGCCACAGUAAAUAUAAUACAUGUCCACCUGGGAUUAGAUAGAUUUGCUUUGUCCAGGACUCUAAAUGGUAGUUCAAUAAAUGCAUUCUAAAACAACCUUUAUACUGCUAUAGAGUACCAUCAGCUUAUACAGAAGAAGACCACAUUUAGAGCGGCAAUGAUGCAUAUAAUCACUUUAUAUCCAUGUGGAACAACGCUAUACCUUGUGCAUAAACUUACCUAGAGCAUUUAGUUCUGUGAAACCGUCCACCAAAUAAAAUAUGUCCAUUUAUUUUUUAAAGCUGUGUAAUUUUGUAAGUAAAUAUUGAUGUUAAUUAUUUAUUUUCAUGUAAAAAACAAACUUGUUGGGAGGAAAGUAUUGCAAAGUUACUUGCAAAUUACGUCACAAACCUAUAGUUGCCCUCAACACGUGCGUUGAUGACCUGCUCACCUGAAUGAAGAUGGGAAACAGAGUUUUAUAUUUGAUUUCAUACAUAUCGACUUCAAAUGAAUCAAUCAGUUUCCUGACAAUACAAAUGUUAAAUUAGCAUGUUAUUUGCUAUCAGAUCAAAUCAGCAAAACAUAGAUAAUAACUUGAAAGCAAUUACCUUCUCAGUCUCAAUUAUACAGUGGAAAUAUUCAAACUUAAUAAUGGCAGGGAUCUUUUUUUUUUUUUAUUCACUUCAAAGACAUGAGACAAAGCAUAGCAUAGCAGAUAUACAUUAACAUGCAUUUAUGUCAACAGACAUACUGUAGAUAAGCCAUAAACUGUCUUUUAAUCAUCACAGUUAUGAGAGGGCUGUGACAAAGAUGACUGGGAAAUAGUUUCCACAGAAUUAUUGGUACAUUUUCGGAACUAAUAUAACUUUGAAUAUAUUCAGUGAAUAAAAUGACAUAUACUUG